AUGCAGAAGCCCAGCGGCCUGAAGCCCCCCGGUCGCGGGGGGAAGCACUCCAGCCCUGUGGGCCGGACGUCCACUGGGUCGGCCUCGGCCUCGACAGCAGCGGCGGCCACUGGCUCCAAGGAAGGCUCCCCCCUGCACAAGCAGGCGUCGGGCCCCUCCUCCUCCCCGGCUGCAGCUGCUGCCCCCGAGAAGCCGGGCCCGAAGGUGGCCGAGGUGGGCGAUGACUUCCUGGGGGACUUCGUGCUGGGCGAGCGGGUGUGGGUGAACGGCGUGAAGCCGGGAGUGGUGCAGUACCUGGGCGAGACGCAGUUCGCGCCGGGCCAGUGGGCAGGCGUGGUGCUGGACGACCCGGUGGGCAAGAAUGACGGCGCGGUGGGCGGCGUGCGCUACUUUGAGUGCCCGGCCCUGCAGGGCAUCUUCACGCGGCCCUCCAAGCUCACACGGCAGCCCACGGCCGAGGGCUCGGGCAGUGAUGCCCACUCGGUGGAGUCGCUGACCGCCCAGAACCUGUCGCUGCAUUCGGGCACGGCCACACCCCCGCUGACCAGCCGCGUCAUCCCGCUGCGGGAGAGUGUCCUCAACAGCUCGGUCAAGACGGGCAACGAGUCGGGCUCCAACCUCUCGGACAGCGGCUCUGUGAAGCGAGGCGACAAGGACCUGCGCCUGGGAGACCGAGUGCUGGUUGGCGGGACGAAGACUGGCGUGGUGCGGUACGUGGGGGAGACGGACUUUGCCAAGGGCGAAUGGUGUGGUGUGGAGCUGGACGAGCCCCUUGGGAAGAACGAUGGGGCAGUGGCGGGCACCAGGUACUUCCAGUGCCCACCCAAGUUUGGUCUCUUCGCGCCCAUCCACAAGGUGAUCCGCAUCGGCUUCCCGUCCACCAGCCCAGCCAAGGCCAAGAAGACCAAGCGUAUGGCCAUGGGUGUCUCAGCGCUGACCCACAGUCCCAGCAGUUCCUCCAUCAGCUCCGUCAGCUCUGUGGCCUCCUCUGUGGGGGGCCGGCCCAGCCGCAGCGGCCUGCUCACAGAGACCUCUUCGCGCUAUGCCCGCAAGAUCUCGGGCACGACGGCCUUGCAGGAGGCGCUAAAGGAGAAGCAGCAGCACAUUGAGCAGUUGUUGGCCGAACGGGACCUGGAGCGGGCCGAGGUGGCCAAGGCCACAAGCCACAUCUGCGAAGUGGAAAAGGAGAUCGCCCUGCUCAAGGCACAGCACGAGCAGUAUGUUGCAGAAGCAGAAGAGAAGCUGCAGCGGGCCCGGCUGCUGGUAGACAGCGUGCGGAAAGAGAAGGUGGACCUGUCCAACCAGCUGGAGGAGGAAAGGAGGAAGGUGGAGGACCUGCAGUUCCGCGUGGAGGAGGAGUCCAUCACCAAGGGAGACCUCGAGCUGACCACGGUGGCCGAGAAGUCGCGGGUGCUCCAGCUGGAAGAGGAGCUGACCCUGCGCCGCGGCGAGAUCGAGGAGCUGCAGCAGUGCCUGCUGCACUCGGGCCCACCGCCCCCGGACCACCCCGACGCCGCCGAGAUCCUGCGGCUGCGGGAGCGGCUGCUGUCGGCCAGCAAGGAGCACCAGAGGGAGAGCGGGGUGCUGCGGGACAAGUACGAGAAGGCCCUGAAGGCCUACCAGGCGGAGGUGGAGAAGCUCCGGGCGGCCAACGAGAAGUACGCGCAGGAGGUGGCGGACCUCAAGGACAGGGUCCAGCAGGCCACCAGCGAGAACAUGGGGCUCAUGGACAACUGGAAGUCCAAGCUGGACUCGCUGGCCUCAGACCACCAGAAGUCCCUGGAGGACCUCAAGGCCACCCUGAGCUCGGGCCCGGGCGCCCAGCAGAAGGAGAUCGGCGAGCUGAAGGCGGUGAUGGAGGGGAUCAAGAUGGAGCACCAGCUGGAGCUGGGCAACCUGCGGGCCAAGCACGACCUGGAGACGGCCGUGCACGUGAAGGAGAAGGAGGCCCUGCGGCAGAAGCUGCAGGAGGCCCAGGAGGAGCUGGCCGGGCUGCGGCAGCACUGGCGGGCCCAGCUGGAGGUGCAGGCCAGCCAGCACCGGCUGGAGCUGCAGGAGGCCCAGGACCAGCGCCGCGACGCCGAGCUGCGCGUGCACGAGCUGGAGAAGCUGGACGUGGAGUACCGGGGCCAGGCGCAGGCCAUCGAGUUCCUCAAGGAGCAGAUCUCGCUGGCCGAGAAGAAGAUGCUGGACUACGAGCUGCUGCAGCGGGCGGAAGCCCAGAGCAAGCAGGAGGUGGAGAGGCUGCGGGAGAAGCUGCUGGUCGCCGAGAACAGACUGCAGGCGGUCGAGUCCCUGUGCUCGUCCCAGCACACCCACGUGAUUGAGUCGAACGACAUCUCAGAGGAGAAGAUCAGGACGAAGGAGACUCUGGAGGGCCUGCAGGACAAGCUGAACAAGAGGGACAAAGAGGUGACAGCCUUGACGUCCCAGACCGAGAUGCUCAGGGCCCAAGUAAGUGCGCUGGAGAGCAAGUGCAAGUCGGGAGAGAAGAAGGUGGACGCCCUCCUCAAGGAGAAGCGGCGCCUGGAGGCCGAGCUGGAGGCCGUGUCCCGGAAGACCCACGACGCCUCGGGCCAGCUGGUCCUCCUCAGCCAGGAGCUGCUGCGGAAGGAGCGGAGCCUGAACGAACUGCGAGUGUUGCUGCUGGAAGCCAAUCGCCACUCCCCAGGGCCCGAGAGGGACCUGAGCCGCGAGGUGCACAAGGCUGAGUGGCGGAUCAAGGAGCAGAAGCUCAAGGACGACAUCCGGGGCCUUCGAGAAAAGCUGACGGGGCUGGACAGAGAGAAGUCCCUGUCGGAUCAGAGGCGCUACUCCCUCAUCGACCCGUCCUCGGCGCCCGAGCUCCUGCGGCUGCAGCACCAGCUGAUGAGCACGGAGGACACGCUUCGGGACGCGCUGGACCAGGCUCAGCAGGUGGAGAAGCUCAUGGAAGCCAUGAGGAGCUGCCCCGACAAGGCCCAGACCAUCGGCAAUUCCGGUUCUGCAAACGGCAUCCACCAGCAAGAUGAAGCUCACAAACCGGCGGACAAGCACUGA